AUGUCUGAAACAGCCAUCUCGCAUACCGUCUUGGCUUCUCUCAAUCAUCUCAAAGAUGAUCCCCUCUACAAGACCGAACGCCCGUAUGAGGUUUGGCUAGACAAGGUACCUGAAGGCUUGCCAAAGACAAACGUGCAGUUUGAGCUUCAACAUAAUGUGCCGGUAGUGGACGCACGAAGUGUUGGACUAGAAACGUUCAAAAUCGAAGAACAUGGCUUCCAAUUCCUCGAGCAGCCAUUUCCCACUCACUUCACUAUCAGCGGCUCAGACGCCGCCAACUCAACCUCAGAGCAACGCGAAAUCAUCUUGGGUUAUCUAGAGCACAUGGGCGACUUUUUGUGCACAUCUCUUGGAGGCGAACGUGCAGUCUGUUAUGACUGGAGGGUUCGUCGAUCCCGAAAUAGCCCCGUUAAUAAGAUUCCGAGGAUAUAUACAGUACCCGACGAGAUUGACGCUCGCAAAAUCACGAUUGAUGUUGCUCAUCAAGUGCAUGCAGGAAUGUGUAAAGAUGGUUCGCCGAAUGGAAUCAAGAAGUCAUUGUCCUACCUUCUCUCCGAAGAAGAGGCAACUGAGAUUAGGCAAGGUCGAUGUCGGUUGAGAGUAAUCAAUUUAUGGCGUCCGCUUGUGCCUACUGUCACGAGCCAACCUCUUGCCCUGUGUGACCGACGAUCCGUAUGUGGUUCAGACUGGGAAGAGGUAGAGAAACUACAGACACAAUGGGUUGAAGAAUCAAUGUAUUUGAGGAGAAACCCAGAGCACCAGUGGUUUUGGAUCAGUAAUCAGACGCGUGAUGAAGUUACGGCGUUCGUGGUCUGGGAUUCCCUCGACCCUGAUAAUGUAGCCGCAAGCGUGCCGCAUUGCUCAUUCAAACUCCCCGAUCAAGAAGCUUUGGGGAUGCCUCGGGAAAGUAUUGAGGGAUCUCAGGUGGAGCUGAACCCCCUCGGCGUGCCCGAUGGUCAAAAUCAUAACACAUGUACCCCUCUCCUGAGCAAUAACUUCAUUCGGAAGACAUCCCGUUCCUCGAGAUUCCGGACAUGGUGA